UUCUUGUUCAGAAAGUUUACACCCUACUGAAAAAUCUAUAUAAACCUCACAACCCCGCGUUUCUUUCUUCUCCUCGCCGUUCAUUGAAAUUUCUUCAAUUAUCUGUUUCUAAAAUCUUCCAGUUAUGAUAUCGUUACGAGCUGGUGCGAAAUUGGGAAUUGCUGGUGGAAUUGGAUUGUAUGCUGUUAGUAAAAGUCUUUACAAUGUUGAAGGAGGUCACCGAGCAAUUGUUUUCAACCGUCUAGUUGGUGUGAAAGAAAAGGUUUAUUCUGAAGGGACACACUUUGUAUUUCCAUGGUUUGAGAGGCCUAUCAUCUACGAUGUUCGUGCGCAUUCCCAUAUUGUUGAGAGUUCAACAGGGAGUCGUGAUCUUCAGACUGUGAAAAUUGCUCUUCGAGUCCUUACUCGUCCUUUGCCCAACCAGUUACCUACAAUUUAUCGGACCCUUGGAAAGAAUUAUAAUGAAACGGUUUUACCUUCGAUCAUACAUGAAACUUUGAAAUCUGUAGUCGCCCAGUACAAUGCCAGCCAACUUAUUACACAACGAGAGGCUGUUAGUCGUGAAAUUCGGAGGAUUCUGACUGAGAGGGCAGCCAACUUCAAUAUUGCCCUUGAUGAUGUGUCCAUUACUAGUCUGGCCUUUGAAAGGGAGUUCACUGCUGCAAUUGAAGCUAAACAGGUGGCUGCACAAGAAGCUGAGAGGGCUAAAUUUGUUGUUGAAAAAGCUGAGCAAGACAAGAGAAGUGCUAUAAUUAGAGCACAGGGUGAGGCUAAAAGUGCUCAACUGAUUGGACAAGCCAUUGCCAACAAUCCAGCUUUCAUCACACUGAGGAAGAUAGAGGCCGCCAGAGAGAUUGCUCAUACGAUAUCAAAGUCAGCAAACAAGGUUUACUUGAAUUCAAAUGAUCUUUUGCUGAAUCUUCAGGAGAUGAAUCUGGAGCCUGGCAGGAAGUGAGCUGGUUAAUUUGUUAAUUUGUCUAUGGUUCUCUUUAAUUUUUAAGUAUCAAUUUCAGAAUUUAAUAUUUCGUGAAAAGUCUUCUGAAUUAUGAUAUAGUUGGCACAAACAAAUUCUUCACGUUACAUAGAAUGAAAUACCUUCAGCUACUGAAUCUGUCA